AUGCCUCAGCAAACUAGAAAUAGUAUGGAAACAUCAACAAGCGACCAUAUUGCUAGCACUAGCUCCGCUCGUCUGCUGUCGAGUACGAGUUCGCCAGUAACCAGUUUGCACGUGUCAGCGAUGCAAAUGGGCAAUGUGGGUUCUUUACCAGUCGCUAACAUCGUCAACAACGUGGUUCAAGCGCUUCAAGGUAGCUUGGAAGGCCUUGUUCAGCCAACCAUUGAUGCUUGUUUGUUCGUCACGUCAACCGCAGCAGUCACAAACAAUGCUGGCAGUCCUUGUCUCAUCCAGCAAAUAACCUCGCUGAGAAUGCUCCCCCUGACAAUUUGGAAUCGCAGACCGCAAAUUACCAAACAGUUCAUCCAGCUGAUGGUAUGGUUAGUGGUGUUAAUGAUCAUUUAUCUGACGCCAGAGGUAGGCUCGUUCCUUCUUUUAAUAUGUUUGCCACACCAUCUACUUCAUUGGUUUGGUUGGGUAACAGUUCCAGUUCUCCCUUCCUUGCGCUAGCCACAGGUAGUGUGCCAUGUUAUUGCAACCUUCAACGCUAGUAGUGGGAUCUCGUUACCACAAGCGAGAGGUUUCUCAUAAUUUAUUGUUGGCCCAGGUUAUGCCCCAAUACCUGGCAAAAACUGUUGGUGCUAUUACUGCUGACCUCUGCACGAAAAAAUAAAGCUUCAGCAACUGCCCAUCCUAAGAUCGUAGAUACAUACCUGCAGAACGAAGUCGCUUUGGGACGGGUAGCCGGUCCUUUCCUUAGCAGCCAGCUACCUAAUUUGCAUGUUACCAGUUUUGGCGUGAUCCCCAAGGCUGGUCAACCAGGAAAGUGGCGUUUGAUUUUGGAUUUAUCGUCGCCACAUGGACGCAGUGUUAAUGAUGGUAUUGACCCCGAACAAUUCUCUCUGCAGUAUAUAAAAUUCGACGAAGUCGUUGCCAUGGUCACCAAAUUAGGUUGGGGUGCACUCAUGGCUAAGUUUGACGUCCAAAGCGCAUAUCGUAAUGUCGCUGUACUGCCCUCUCAACAUCAUCUGCUUGGCAUGAAGUGGCGGGGGAAGUUAUACGUAGAUCUUGCUCUCCCGUUCGGUUUAUGUUCGGCACCAUUCAUUUUCAAUUCCAUUGCGGAUGUGAUAGAAUGGAUUAUGCAUAAUAACUAUGCAUCACCGACCUUAUGCACUACCUCGACGACUACAUUACAGCCGGUCCACCUCAUCUCCCUCAAUGUGCGCAUAAUCUGGCGAUGGCCUCCUCCACUUGUAGCCGUUUGGGCGUUCCUUUACAUCCCGAUAAAAUGGACAGUCCCACUACUUGUUUAA